GCUUUCAGCAAAGCUCUGAGGUGAUCGUGAGCUGAGCCUCCGUGUUUUCACACGGAAAGCCGAAAACUCGCGUAAAAAAGUGCAUUUUGCCCACUUCCCAACCAAAUGCGGUAGUUUCGCCUGUUUUUGUUCGGCUUUUAGUUGCAAUAAACUGGGCACAAGUGCUUCCACAGCCCGUCCAAAUGUUCAUCUUCGGCAGCAGAUCUUGGAAUCGAAGAGUUGCUUCGUCUUAGAUUUGACGGCGAUUUGUUCAAUGUUGCAUUGGAACAGUGGAAGAUAAAACAAUUGGGAACAAUUGUGCCUUUAAUGCCGCAGCGAAUGCGCUCUAAUUGAUAAUUAUUGUUUAUCGGUGAAAUUGGGAUUUCGGAUUAAAGUGAGUGCAGAUGUGUUUGUUGUCAGUGUGGCCCAUGUGGAGUAAAACGGAUAUUAUUCGGGCAUGUUGCAAAAUCUGGAGCCCACUGAGCGGAACUCAGCUUUAAUCAAACGGAACACCAUUUCGACUCACCCUCGUUGGAUCCAGAGAUGAGACAGUUACUGCUACCUUUCCCCACUUUUCAUCUAUAAAACGGCAAUAAUCCAUAAAAUGGCAAUUACGAGCUGUUCGAUGCUCGUCGGCUCUCUGGAUAUACCGAGAUAUCGGCAGGAGCCAGCUGACAUGGAUCGACUCAAAUCGGUGGAAAGUGACUCGAGAGGCUGUGAAUCCAGACGAUCUAAACGCUGCCGUUGCAGAAACCGGGAAAAGCGUCUGGAACGGAACAAUUUCCACGUUCGUGCGUGUGCUUUCGAUGGCACCGAUGAAACGACCGUGCAAAGUGAUUGUGCCCUACGAUUGGCCUGCGAUAGUGAACAAUUAGAGCCUGCAAAUGUCUGUGAUCGUUUAUUUGAAGACUGUAAUUUAGCGUUUAGUUUAGCGUUAUCGAUAUCGUGUAAGUUAUUCGUGUGCCUAUACUCUUUAAUGUGCGCUAAAGGCCGGAAGUCAAUUUUCGACAAGGCGCUAUUUUUAACGUUAUCGUUGACAGUGCUGGGCGGGAAUUGCGUGCAAGCCUGGGCUAACGAGCUGGAGAAGACCGAACAAUUUUUAGACAAAAUUAACCUCGAACAAAGCAUUGCGGCCGUGUUCAACAAAGUCGCGUAUGGAAGCACGACAAAGCGAAGCAUUCCGGAUAACUCCUAUCCGGUGACCACCAUGGCCACAAUGUUACUCACAACGUUCCGGUACUCGGAUGGAUCGGAAGAGUGGGCGCGCGUCGACUUGAAAAAUCAAAAUUCUCCAUUGGAUCUGGGAAGAUCGAGUGUGGACUUUGAGCAGCCCGACUUCGAGCCGGAGAACAGUCGAAGGGAUAUUGAGGGGUACGGGUCGGAUCUGGAAAAGGACCACGCCCUGCCCACUUCAGCUCCGGCUGCCGAUAUUUUGAAAAACAACCACAACAAAAACUAUGGAAAUCCCAAUAGAUACAACAACGAUCGAAUACGGCCGGAAAUCAACAUGCCCCCGGAGCAGGUGACGGAAAACUUCUACAAAACCACCACCACUUACAACCUGCUGCGGAACGCCAAACCCACCAAGUCCAUCUACGGGAAGGCGUCGCCCAGUUACGUGCCGCCCAGUCGGGCGUUCUUCACGCCGCCCCUGCCGCCCGCGCUUCAGAACCCGUACGCGGACAAGCCGACGUUGCGCGGCACCAAUUCGGACAAUUUUGCGAACCGCCGCCCGAUCCCGCCGCCCUCACUGAUGCCCGCCAAAGACCGGAUCCCGUUCCGGCCGGACCUGCCGCCCAAAGCCGGUGCGGAAAAGACGCCCUUGUCGCGCCCCGGCCCCGAAUCGCCAUCGCGCCCCGCCAACCUGCCCAGCUCAGAGCCGAAGAGCGAGAAGAAGAAGAGUCUGAACACGCCCAGCCAGAAUGUGCGAGUGGGCGACUUUUUCGGCCCGCGCAACGACAGCGUGACCAACUUUGAGUAUGAGAAAAUCAAUGUUCCGAGCAUCACGCGGAUUCUGAGCGGCUCCAAUGGGCGGCACGACGACAUUUCGGAUAUUCUGUUGCGGACAGUGACGGCCACCCCGAGUGUGGACCGGCUGGAGCCGAAAGUGACCAAAACCCGCGCGCCUUCGGCGGAGCCCAGCUUGAAUCGGCAGGAUGUGGAGCCGAAACAGGUGGAGCCGGAGGUGAAAAAGGAGGUGGUGCCGGUGCAGCCCUCUUUGGAGCGUUCGGAGAGUGUGACUGUUAAAAAGGACACCAGCACUGGGUCGGUGUUGGAGAAGAAAACCGCUUACUCUGAAGAUGUGACCACGCAGAUGUCCGACAGCGUCAACCUGCCCAAUGUGAAGGAGAAGGAAGCCAACGUGACCGCCGUCGGCUCAGACCAAAUCUGGCAAAUCUGCUGGAACGUCCACAUCUACCUGGUAGUCGUUGGGUAUAUUCUUCUGGCGGCCUUCAGCAUCUACAAGCUGAUUAGGUACGAGAACGACCCGCACAUGUUCUCCAAGUCCUACUUUCUCACCAUCCAUCUGAUGCUCACCGUGAUCUGCGUCCUGAGGAUAUUCUACUUGAUCUACGACGCUUACAACGUGCACAACAGCUUCACGAUUUUCCUCUACGACUUCUUGCACAGUUUCCCCUUGAGCCUGCUCUCCACCACGUUCGCCGUCCUGAUUGUGUUCCUUCUGAAGCGCACAUUGACCCACUUGGAGGUGAACACCCGGCCGGUCAUUCUGGUGGUCUUCGCCCUGCUGCACAUCGUGCUCUGCUUCUGCUUGAGCAUCUUCGAGUCGCUGGGGCUCGGCCUCGAUCGAGCCUCGUUCUCCAUCUGCAAGCCAGUCUUCGUGCUGCUCGCUUGGGCUUUGGGCUUCAGCUACUUGUACCUCUAUCGCAUCAUCAAAAACGUGCUGGCCAAAAAGAGCCAGAACCUCUCCGAGAUGUGCACUCAAAACAUCUCCUAUGCCAGCCACAUUACCAUCGCUGUUGCCUUGUUGUUCAUUCUGCUGGGCCUCGUCCAGCUCUACGCGCUCUUCUUCAUCAAAGUGGACAAGUUCACGGUACCUCAUCACUGGAUCCUGUGGGGCUUCGAGCUGAGUGUGCGCUUCAUCGAGAUUUCAAUAAUCACCUUGCUAGCCAUUGUCGUGAGUCUGCGGAUGUCGCAGCGGGAGAAGCAAGCGUCUGGAGGCUUCCCGUUGUUCCCUUGCACAACUAGCGACUCGAGUACGGACAACAUCUACCCCAACAACUGCAACACUAAUCCCAAUGCGCUGAACUACAGUAGGCAGGAAAUGAUUCUAGAUACCCUACCGGCCGAGCCGGUCGAGAGGCCAAACAUGCUGAAGAACGCCUUCCAGAAUGAUUCGUUCGACAAGAAGAGCACAUUGGAGCGCUACCAGAGCGACUCGGAGCGAACCUCGAACUUUGACCGAUUUGAGCGGCCCAAGUGGGGCUCAGAUCGGUUCGAUCCCAGACAGAACGUGGAUCAGAACAGCCUGAACAACUUCGGUCAGCCCAGCAGCGGCAACUUUGAAAGAACCGGCCACAAUUCCGUUCAUAACUCGAUGAGAAACGAGCGAUGCUCGGGCCGCAAACACAACGCCUACGAUGCGGCUAAAUACUACCCCAACAAUGAGGAGUAUCAAAACGACAUCUCCGAUAGAAACAUCUACAGUGAGCCCAUUGAUAACCCACAGGGGCACCAGUACGAGCGCACAAGGCAUGAGUUUGAGCGCAACGACUUUGAUAGAAGAUCGCGCAACUCCUCGAACACGUCGGGAAGAAGAUCGACAGGUCGAUCACGCAAAAGCCAUCCGAGGCCCCAUUUGGGCAUCCAGACGUUGCCCAACCACGACCGGAACCAGACCAUGCUGGUCGACGAGCAGGGUUUUGUGCGAUUUAAGGCCAUGCGGGCCGAUCAGAACCAUUUUUCGGAUGCAUAAUGUUUGAUCCGAACAGGGAAGGAAUGUGCUAAAGGGGAGGUUUACUUGUAAUAAGAGGGAGUUUUUGUCCAACACGGUUUUAAUGCUCUUGAAUGCUGUUGAGUGGUUUUCUUGGUCUGGAUUGGUCAGUUGGCUGCCAGAUUUUUUUCUGUAUCUUCUUCUACUGAAGUAGAGGUUCAAACCUUGCGUCAACCCGAAGCUGAAAACUGUGUCGUUUGGAACAAUUGCCCGAUAUCUGUGGCAUUUGAAACUUUGUAAGUAUUUCGUUGCUUAAACCGCCCACUGUAGUUUUUUUUAAUUAUUAUUACCUACAAACCCGAAUUUUCGCUUGUUAUCCUUUGCUAGAAAAACUGGCCUUUAAAUAUGAACUAACGGCUUACACCCCGUAGUAAAACCGGGGACAUUCCAACUCCGUCGGGCGGCCUCGGCCAUAUUCGUUCCUGUGCUCACAAGAGAGAGCGCCAGGGCGUUCGGCAUCAAAAUAAGCCUGUCCUCGUCGCCUUUGCUGGCAUUACCGGGGUCGCGCGCAAAGUCUCAUUGUUUAAGUCACUUCACACUAAUCAACUGCAUUCGUCCAAGAAAACCUGCUGCAUUCUAAGAGAUUGCUCUUUAUUUAAAAAAAUUACGUUCCUUCUUAUAAAAGCCCUUCUUUUGUAGAUUCCUUCUCUGUUGUUAUGGAUAAAUCAGGUUUUAUGUGUUGCGGUAAAAAACAAAAAAAAUACGUUGGCCUAUUAAAUGGCCCUGAUAGCGGCUGUUUAUUGAGGACAUAUUGAGAUUCCUGGUACAUACAGGGAUUAAUUGGAUUUUGAAAUCUAGCACUAUUCGCUGGGACAAUGGGAUGAAAUCCCUAUAAGACAAAGUAUUUAUUUACGAAAUUUUGCUAUACACGAGCAAGCUAGUGUACAGCUGCAUAAGUAGGGCCUGUUCUUAUGGAGUCGAAUAAGAUUAUACCUUAGGUAGGUAGAUAUUUAUCAAAUAUUAAGGCAGCGUACGUUUUUCCCCCGUAUAAGUGAUAUAAAUAAUACUCUACUGCGCAUUUUCUCCAAAUGUUGAUUACAAUAUUUAACUAUUACACUAUAUGGUUGUUAGAUCUAUGCAGUGUUGCGUUUGUACAGCUAGUUUCGUUAAUUCCGCCGAUUUUCCGAAACUACCUGUAUAAACUACAACGUGGCUAAAUAUAUUUAAACUUAGACUAUAAAGUGUAUAAUAAACCUGCAAAAAGACGUGUAAAUAAUAGACAAAAACACCCACUGAGGGGCAGAUAUAUGAUAUUUUAAUUUUUUUAUAUAUAUUUUUUACAUUAUCUGUACAAUACAGGGUGAUUUGAUACCAGGCCGCUGAAAGUUUAAUAUACAUUUAGCUAUGCGAGCGUUGGCUGUUUGCUGUUUUCUGACUAUUACAAAUAGGCAUUUCAUAAUUGGAACUUUCCCGGCGUCCGAAAAUAAUGCUGUAGUACCAUAACAAAUGAUUCCCGCUCUUUUUACUUUCAACAUAAGUGAACCCUGUAUGUAUGCGUGUAUGUAAGUGUGUCUGUUUUAAUUUAUACAAUUUCUGACUGAGCAAAGAUAGCUAGUAUUUAUUAACGUUCUAAUGGCAAAACAUUGAAGACGACCGUCCUAAAUGUGUUUUCUAGUGAAAUAGACAUGUUAAGAUUGUAAGUGGAAGGCAAUGGAAGCGCUCGAGGGAGUUCGAAAGCAAAAUUUCAUCAUUUCAAGUUUUUUUAUUCGUUCUUGCGCUUAUUAAAUCGGCAAUAAACUCAGAUACAAAUACAUUUUUAUAAACUUGAAAGAGUCGUGUAAUUUUGGGCAAUAACAAAGAAUUCUUUAUGCGGCAAUAAGCCAAGCGUUUCACUUGUUUUCCAGUCAAAAUGCUGCUUCGCAAUUGGGUUAAAUGUAAAAAACAAAAGCCCUCUUUAUAAUUGUCCUUUGUUUUCCAUAAGCACCCCUGACAGAAGAAUGUCCUCAAUGUCGUGGCUUUUCAAUUUCCAGAAGGGUGCUGCAAAAUGUCUUUAAGAUUUCGUCUGUUCGAAACAUUCCCUUUUUUAAUAUUGUGUUAGAUUGUCUUGUUUUUUUUUUCUUAAAUAUAGCUCUAUUCACGUACUCACUAGCUAAGUGCUUUUUUGUAAAUUUUUUGUACAUAGCCUGUAUUUAUAGAUCUAUUUGCCACGAUUAUACACACUUGCCAUUUUGUUGUAAUACUGAACAAUUUCCUCGUGUAAGGCUUUAUAUAUUUUUGUACAUUUGUUUACAGUAUUAUAUUAACUUGUAAUCGCAUAAGUACGUUUACUCGUUCUGUAUCCAUAAGGGUGAACCUGAUCAAGUGCCCUGCGUAUACAGGGUGUCCCAAGCUGAUUUCCUUACAUUCCCCUAUUUAUUUCAACGCGUGCAUGUGUGCAAGAAGUGCACUUCGUGCUAAAAAUGACAGCCCUGUAUAUUGAUAAUGUUUGUCCCAUGCCCAGGAUUUAUGUUUGUUCCUUUUGUCGAACGUACUUAUAGACAGCUUGAUCCUCUCUAUUUUGCCAGUAUUUUAUUAUUACUCAAAUGCUCUUCGUAUUUGUUACUUAGCUUGGUGCUUGAUUGUUAGCGGUUGUUCAUGCUUGGGACUGUUUGUAUGUAUGUAAAGUCGAAAAUAAUUAAGCAUGAGCAACGUUAGCAAACAUUCAACAAUCAUCUGCUAGACGUGCGCAUAAGUAACUGUUUUAGGCGAUUCACGAGAAAGGCACUGUAGAUGUUGCGAUUUUUAAAGACGUUUAACUUGUAUAUACAAUAUAAAAGAGUUUGUGACUUUUUUAAAAAUCGAAAUAUUUAUGUAUUCGAUCGAUUUUUGUUGUAUUAUAUAACUGUAAUAUAUAAACAUAAUAAUA